AUGCUGGCGAGCAGAGAACGCCCGGUUGAAAAGGCGAGAAGCUUCAGCUCUGCCCACGAGUUGAUGGCGGAGUUCGCCGCCAGAGCUCCAGACCAUCCUUACCUGGAUGAGGAGGACAGGGGGAACGAGAUCGCAAGCGCUUGCCAGGCCGCGCAGGCCGCAGAGGCCGCGAAGGCCACGAAAGAGCAAGCCGAGGCAACACAGCAACAGCAGGAAGAGAAGCGCGGGUCCUACCGCGGGGUUUCCAUGCUGCGCUCCUGGAUGUCCGCCGAGUCCUACUCGAAUAAGAAUGAUGCGCAGAAGUUGGUGGGCGAACAUGGCAUGAGGAAGAAAGCCGUUAUCAGCAAGCUGAAGGGUUUGCUGGACUACGUUGCUGCGGCGCUGGUGUUGGCGAAUGCCUUGGUGAUGGUGUGUGAGCUAGAGAUGGAGGGCUCAGCAGCAGGUGUCUUUGUCGGCCUCAGUGAAGGCCCUCGUCUCGACGAAGUGGAGCCAGUGUUCCGUGCCAUGGAUGCAGUUUUCGUCUACCUUUUCUUGCUGGAGCUGCUCUUUCGGAUCUAUGCCGAGCGUAGUCACUGGAUCAAGGACAUGGCCAACUGGUUCGAUGCAUUCCUGGUGCUUGUGAGCCUGGUGGACAUGUACAUGCUCACGCCUUUGGCCAUGGCCAACGACGAGAGCCAGGGGCAGGGAGACAUGGUCCGUUCGCUGAGGACUCUGAAGUCUCUUAGAGCGAUCCGAGUUUUGAGAACUUUCCGCUUCUUCGACGGUCUACGGCUGUUUGCCAAGGCUUGCUCCAGCCUGUUGCCAUCCCUUGGAUGGUCCCUGGUUGUCCUUGGCAUGUUCAUCUGUAUGGGUGCCCUGCUUAUUGGCAACCUGCUCCGCAGCUUCAUUCUCGAUGAUUCGGCAUCUCUGGCUGAUAGGCAGUGGAUCUGGAACCGCUACGGAACCGCCUACCGCGCCACAUACACUCUCUACGAGGUGACUUUUGCAGGGAAUUGGCCUACGAACGCACGACCUGUGAUGGAAAAAGUGAGUCACCUUUUCGUGAUCUUCUUCCUCGUGUAUAUCACAAUCAUCGUUUUUGCGAUGAUUCGAGCCCGCCUCAGUUUCGUCAGGCUUGCGGUGAGAACCUGCGUGCGUUCCCAACUCAUCCGACUAAGAAUCGUCCAUUUCCGUUUGGAACCGCCGUGCCGAGGCCUGAUAAGUGCCAUAUUUCUCAAGGACACCCUGGACGCAGCGCAAAACGAUGCCGAGAACCUGGUCCUUCAACGGCUGCGCAAGAAGGCGGAAUAUUUACAGAAGCUGGAAGAUGUCUUCGCAGCCAUCGACGACUCAGGCGAUGGUAUGAUCACAGAAGAAAAGCUGGCAAAAGUCUUUUCAAACCCCACCGCAGUGGCCUACUUCCA